UAGCAUUUUGGACCCAUAAAUUGAGAGAUUUACUUGGAAGAAGAUAUAAAAACAUAGAGAAGACAAACGAACAAACUGCAGAUACCAUUGUAACAGAACAAAACGCAAUGGAACAAAAUCCUCAAUUGCCAAUCAUUGUAAAAUGA